UUCGGGGACAAAACAAUUGUCGUCCUUUUGAUCAAUUGACGGCAACCGCGACUUGGUAGGUCGCAAUGAAGAACCUACCAAAUUAUUUGUUACUGACUGUUUAUAAAAGCCAGGAAGCUGCACGUGGUGCUGGUCUAAUCAUGGAUAAGUGUUCCAGGGGAGAUGGUACCGUGAUGGGACAGAAUAAUGCUUGGGCUAGCAGAUGUCUUUCGAUUAUGAUUCUUGGAGAAAAAAGCCUGUAUGGGCUAACGAGAAAUAUUGAGAAGUAAUAGUCUUUUAUGAGAAACUGGC